UCGCUGCCACUGCGCUUCGGCGGUAGUGACCUCCGCCUCCUCGCUGUCCUUCUCUCUCGCGCGCUCGCUCGCUCACUAGCGCAUCCAACCCCCAAUCUCUUCUCCCACCCCCCCCAUUGGAGGAGCGAAAGGAGCCUGAGCAGAGCGGGAGCAAACCCUAACCGCCCGUUGGCUCGGCUCGGGAAUGGCGGAGGCGGUGGCGCGGUGAGGGGAUCUGCUGCCGGGUGAUGGGGAAGGCGGCGGGGGACCCGCCGGACUCGGCUGGAGGAGGUGGAGGAGGAGAAGGAGGCGGCGGGGAGGUAGCGCCUGGGGAGGAGGGGCGCGGGCGGCGCCGGUGGUGGCGCUGCGCGGCCGCGGUUCUGCUCGGCGCCGCCGUCGUGCUGUCGGCGCUGUUCUGGCUGCCGCCGUUCGCCGCGCGGCGGCGGAGGGACGAGGAGGCGCGCGCCGACCCCUGGGGCGGAGCUGAUGUGGUUGCAAGCUUCAGGCUGCAAAGAAUGAUUUAUGAGCUGAGUGGAAAUAAAUCAAAACUUGAGUAUGAUAUUUUUGAAGAAAUUGGCAUCAACAAUUCUGCAGUGUCUGUACUUUCCUUGGAUCCAACUGCUGAAUCAAACUGGACUACCGUGACUUUUGGAAUUUGGCCCUAUCCUAGUAAUUUCACCAUAUCACCAACAGAGUUAAGCAUACUGCGGUCAUCUUUGGUGUCCUUGGUUAUACAUCAGUCUAUACUCCAUUUGACACCAUCUCUGUUUGGGAAUUCUUCUUCUUUUGAGAUCUUGAGGUUUCCUGGCGGCAUAACAAUUAUACCUCCACAGACUGCUUUUGUUCCUCAGAAGCCUGAUGGAUUAUUUAAUUUCUCGUUGAACUUUCCCAUUGAUGUGGUACAAGACAAACUGAGUGAAUUGAAGGCCCAGAUGAAAUCUGGGUUAUUUCUUAAUGAACAUGAGAUCUUAUAUGUUACAUUGACAAAUCUGUAUGGUUCAACAGUUGCACCUCCUACCAUUGUUCAAACAUCUGUUCUUCUUGCUGUAGGGGCAGAUAACAAACCACCAUCCUUGCAAAGAUUAAAACAAUUAGCCCAAACGUUAAGAAAUUCUUCUUCAGGAAACUUGGGUUUGAACCACACUGUAUUUGGACGAGUUAAGCAGAUUAGUCUGUCAUCCUAUCUUCAGCAUUCACUGAACAACUCAGGCAACGCUCAUUCCCCAAGUCCAGCUCCUCAACCUUAUAAUCAACCUCCCUCAAUCCACCAGGAUCACAUUGACCACCACCACCAUCAUCACCACCACCACCACCACCACCACCACGAUCAUAGUCAUCAGAGUUUACAGCAUUUGCCCCCUGCUCCUGCUCCUCUUCACGGUGCACCUACUUUUCUGAGCUGUGGUUCUACAUGCACACGCAGGAAAGAACAUAGCACUGCUAAGCACCAUUCACCUUCCAUCAGGGAUCCUCUGUUACGCCAUAUUGUGCCUGCAGCUUCUCCAAAUAGUUAUGGAGCUUCAGGUCCAUAUGCAGAUCCACCAUCAUUUCAUCCAAGGAUUUCAUCAUCUCCGCUUCCUGCUGUUGUCUUUCCUGCAAUGCCGCCCAGUAUGAGAACUUUGAAGCCUCCCAACAAGUUCUCAUCGAUAUCACCUGCAACAUCUAUCUCAUUUGCGCCCAGGUUAUCUUCCCACUGGUGGGUCAUUGCAUCACUUCUAUACUGGCCCCUAUUAUAGAGAUCGAAAUAUCUCAUCACCCAGGAGGUGAAGUUCAUGCGGCAGCUUGGAUCACCAUUUUUCAAAUGAUCCUCAGCAUAAAAAACUCUGGAUGGUUGUCUUUGGUGAUCACUUAAUGGAUGUAAAUAUGUGUAUAACGCAGCAGAGGGGUGUAUUUGUGGUCAAAGCCGUAAUGAUGGCGGGCCCUCAGUUGUCUUCCAUCCCUUAUGCUGCUUUGUACAAUCAUGCGCAGAUCAAAUAAAGAUUUUGUGUUUUUUGUUGAGAAUUAUUGUGCAGCACUGAGGUCUUCAGUAUUUAGAAAACAAAGGGGUCUCAUGUUAUUGAUCCAGUUUUGCUGUUUCAUGUGUUGUAAAAUUGUAAAUACGAGUUUGAGAGGGGAUGGACUAAUCUUUUCUUUUUUUGAAAUUAAGAAGCAGCAAUGUUCUGAAUACUUAUGUUUAAUGAAUAAGGCACCUCUAUAUCUCGCGAAGCAUUAGAUUGUUGUCCGAGAUUUGGCCGGGGGCAGAAA